AUGAGCCUGCACCUGCCAUCACGGCGCGUGCUGAGGUCCGCCACCUCCUUGGCCUCCUCGCAGACACCUCUUACAUUUCUCGCACCAUGCAUCCAACGACGAACCCUCUUCGGGUGGGGGAAACGUCGCGUGGAGGAACCCUCUAAAGCCCCAACGAACCCAUUAACAGAGGAGUACCUCAGGAGAAAGCCUCAGAACCGAGCGGCCUUUGUCCGCGGUGAUCUCUCCUCAUCUUCCAUCCUCGAGGAUGAAGAGCAGGCUGGGCCAAAGCCCGAACGCAUCGAGACGCCAGAUGGACAGAAGCCUCUUGUGCGGAAUCCUGAGACGAUGGCUGCUGCAUUGGAUCCGGAUCCAGUUGGACGAAAACUGUGGGAGCGCAGGAUGGUCAUAAGAGAGAUUAAGAAACGGGGGAGGUUGACGCGAACACAGCAGAUCAAGAGGCAGGAGAGAGAACUGAUAUCCAAAUCCCAUGAUUUCAGGACGUCAGUCAAGAAGCUCGUCCCAUUGGCGAAGCAAAUUGCCGGGAAGACUGUGGACGAAGCGAUUAUCCAAAUGCGAUUUUCAAAGAAGAAGGCCGCGAAGGAUGUCAGGGAACAUCUCGAGCACGCCAAGAACGAGGCAAUCGUCAAGAGGGGCAUGGGAUUAGGACCAGUCAAUGGUCAGAAAAUGACCCCGAUAAAGAUCCAGACGAAGGAUGGCAAGCGCAUCACGGUUACGGACCCGACCACUUUAUACGUAGACCAGGCUUGGUGCGGAAAGGGAUUGUACGGGACGGAACCUGAUCACAGGGCUCGAGGCCAGAUCAACAUCAUGAAGAACCGGACAACCAGCUUGACGGUGCUCUUGAAGGAAGAGGCGACGCGCAUCCGGCUCCACAACGAGCGGGAAGAGAAGAUCAAGAAUCGGAAGGUCUGGGUACAGCUACCCAACAGGCCGAUUACUGCCCAGAGGCAAUACUAUUCGUGGUAG